CAAGCGAGAAAAAACGUCGAGUAAAACACACCGGCCACCAUCUAGACCGUUGUUUCAGAUACAGAGACACCCUUUGUUUCCUCAUUUUUUUCACUUCCAAAAGCAUCAUUAAUUCCUUUGACUCAAACUCUCAUCUCCCAGAUUUCCCUCAAAUGAAACUCAGUCUCGUUUUAAACGCAAACCCCAAAACAUACACUUUAGUCCCAUUCAUUUCUUUCCCUUCAAAGUCGAAGAACCAAUUUUUCUUGUUGAAAUCACCCGUUUCUGCAAAACCUUCUCCUUGUUUCAUUCCACUUUGCUCGUCCAAUCGUUCUACCAAUUCAACUUUGAAGAUAACAAGUUUCAAGGCCAAUGGAUUCCCCCAAACAUCAAAAAUCAAUCUUGGAGAAGAAUCUAAUGAAAAUUACAAUGUGGGAGUUGGGAACCCAAUUCUCCCAACUUUCAUUUCAACUCAAAAGAUGAGAUUAAGUGAUCAGGCCUUCUAUCUGUUGGCUUUUAUUGCUUGUACGGCAUCUGUGGGGUUUACAAGUAUGGUCAUUGCAGCUGUUCCAACUCUCGCUGCAUUUGGAAGAGCUGCGGUUUCUCUUUCCAAGCUAGCAGAUACAGCACGAGAGGAGCUUCCCGGCACCAUGGCUGCGAUCAGGCUUUCAGGCAUGGAGAUCAGUGAUCUUACACUCGAACUAACUGAUUUAAGCCAAGAGAUUGCAGAUGGUGUCAACAAAUCGGCUAAAGUCAUGCAGGCUGCUAAAGCUGGAAUUCGGCAGAUCGGUUCACUUGCUCACCAGCAGACAAUGUCGAUGAUUCAAGAACGGGCUAGUUUGCCUGUCAUCUCUUUACAGCCUGUUGUUGCCGGGGCUGCCAGAAAAACUUCUCAUGCUGUCGGCCAAGCCACAAAGGCUAUAAUGAACAUCAUAAAUCAAGGAGAAUCGAGCUCGGAGAACGACUACGAUAGCAGCAUUGACGGGUGAUGUUAGAAGUGCUACACAAUGGAAACCAACCAUCCCAACUCCUUGAACUUCAGCUUUGUCAAGGAUUUUGUAUAUGCUGCAAAUCAUGCAACUUGUUGCACUUGCUAAAUUCAUUUGUUUUAGAGAUGAAAAACUAGGUACAU